AUGCCGCCUACCGCCCGACCCACCUCCGCCGCCGGCCAUGUGGCCUCCUCCCUAGCCCCCACUGCCACCGGCAACCUCCACUCCACCGCCGCCACUGAAGCUCCUCCCUGGCCCCCGCCGCCAGCCUCAGCCGGACCCUUGCGCCCAGCGACCCAGCCCUACUCUACCGGUGGCUGCCCUGGCUCUGCCACCCGACCACCACCGGAGCUCCUCUCGGCCACCGGAGAACCACCAAGCCACCACCGGAGCACCACCCAGCCACCAGACUCUCCUUUUUGCCUCUUUCAGGGGGGGAUGACCAGAAAUGCAGUGACAUUGCAAGGAACAUGUCUUCUCUGUUUUGUUCAAUCCAAUCCCACGGCAAUGGAGAAUGAGAUUAGCAAUGCCUUUGAGAAAAUUCUACCGCCAUCUGCAUCUGCAUCUGCAUCAUCAUCAUCAUCAUCAUCAUCACCAUCAUCUUCUUCAACAACAAAGAAGGCAUACGAUGUAUUCAUAAAUCAUCGUGGCACUGACACCAAAGAGACACUGGCCGCCUCUAUCUACCAUACCCUCCAUGUGAUGGGACUUCAAGUUUUCUUAGAUAAACCAGAGCUUGAGCUUGGUGACUCUAUACCCUCUGAAAUACAGAAAGCCAUGACGACUUCUUUCCUUCAUAUUGCCAUACUUUCACCCAACUAUGCACAAUCUCCAUGGUGUUUGGCUGAGCUAUCAUUCAUGGUCAAAACUGGCAACAAAAUUAUUCCAGUCUUCUACAAUGUUGACCCCAAAGAUAUCCACUGGAUUUGUGAGGGAAAAGGAAUCUAUGCUGAUGCAUUUUCUAACCCAAAAACCAUGGCCAGAUAUACUUCAGAAACGCUUGAGGAUUGGAAGAGGGCGCUGCAAGAGGUUUCAUAUCUUUCUGGCUACAUUGUGAAGAAUAAGCAUGAUGAAAAAGACUUGUUGAAGAAUAUUGUAGAAUUUGUAUUGAAGCAUCCAGAAAAGAUUUUAUUAGUGAAAGAUAAACACAUUGUGGGCCUUGAUGAAGCAGUACAAGAUUUUGAAAGAAUGAUAUUGGAAUCUUCUAAAAAUAUAAAAAUUGUAGGGAUUAUUGGUAUGGGCGGAUGUGGAAAAACUACACUGGCUAAAGAAUAUUACAAUAAAAAAAUAUUCUCUAUAUAUAAAAGUAGUUAUCUUUCCAACAUUCGUGAUGUGGCAACUAAGAAGGAUUUGCAUCAUACCCAAAAAAUGAUGCUAAAAGACCUUGGUUUUAAAGUAGAUGAUUUAUCAAUUGAUAAUGUAGAAAGAGGAAAAGCAAUGUUAGCAAGGUAUAUGAAAUCUCUCCAAGUGUUUAUUGUUUUGGAUGAUAUAGACCAUGAAGAUCAAUUGAACGCUCUAUUACCAGUAAGUGAUAGCCUUGGAUGGGGUAGUAUAAUUGUUGUUACAAGUCGAGAAUCUGGUGUUCUUACAAAAUGGGGAAUCUCCUCUAUUUAUAAAAUGAAAACACUAAAUCCUGAGUAUUGCAAGCAACUCUUAUGUUGGCAUGCUUUUCUACAACCCUCCCCGAUGUGUGGAUUUGAAGAUUUAGUUGAAAAGUUUAUGAAUGUCUGCAGAGGAUUGCCUCUAUCCCUCAAGAUAAUUGGGGAACUACUUAAGGGAAAGCCCAAGGAAUAUUGGAAUUCUCUAUUAAAUAAGGUCUCCAGAUCAUUGCCCAAAGAUCUUAAAGGUAUACUAAGUGUAAGCUUUAAAGAACUAGAUGAGGAAGAACAAGAGAUUUUCUUAGACAUAGCUUGUUUCUUCAUAGGAGAACAAAAAAGUUUAGCCAUUGCAGUGUGGGAUGCAUCAGGAUGGAGUGGAGUGUAUAGUUGGGAAAUACUUGAGAAUAAGUGUUUGGUUGAGGUUGAUGAGAGAAACCGUAUAACAAUGCAUGAUCAUCUAAGGGAUUUGGGAAAAGAAAUUGCAGAGACCAAGCCUCCCUACCGUCUUUAUUCACCACGACAAAUUACCAACAUUCAACAACAACAACAGAAAAUAGCUCUGGUUCGGGGGAUCAAAGGAGAAACAGAUGAGUUUUAUAGACCGCAGCCAUUCCAACCACCUUCUUAUGAUUCUAUUGAGCUUGUGGGAGGCUCUUGUACAAAUUCUUCAAAUACACCUUUCCAUGAUUGUAUUGAGCUUGUGAGGGGCUCUGGUACACCUCCUUCACUUGGGCUAAAAAUCCUUGCUGCUAAAGAUGGUCAUUUUACAGAAGAAUUGUCGGCACUAUCAACAGGCCUUGUCUGGCUUCGAUGGGACAACUUAUUGCAGCGAGCUCUUCCCUCAUGGCUUUCAUUGAAUAAUUUAAGAGUUUUAGAUCUCAGUCACUCUCUCGAAAUGGAACAACUGUGGAGCGACAAUGCCCAUCCUCCCUUGGAGUUAAGAGAGCUGAAUAUGGGUAAUAUAAGAAAUUUCCUGAGAUUUCCGAGAUCAAUAGGACGUCUUAAGGAGUUGAAAAAGAUAUCCCUGAACGACUUCAGAUGUGGAGUAAGUUGUCAAGUUCCUAUUACCAGUCUGCCAGAAGAGUUUUGUGAUCUACAAUCACUGGAGCACCUUGAAUUACGUGGAUGUCAUAAGUUGACAUCGCUGCCCACCAAUUUUGGCUAUUUGACAAAUCUUCGGUACCUAGAUUUGAGUGGUUGCUUGCAGUUGGAGGAGUUGCCAGCUUCUUUUAAAGAGCUUAUAAAUCUGCAAUAUCUUAAUUUAGUUGGUUGCACCAAGCUCACCUUCAGUCCAGAAAUUUUAAAAAAUAUGACAAAGCUAGAGACUGUGCAUUUUAUGGGAUGUAUGACUUUGCGUGACUUCACAGGGUCACUCUUGAGAAAAUGA